AUAACAACAACACAAACUUGUAAUAUCUAUCUCUUGUUCAUUGUAAUAUUCUACUUUCUCAAUCCCAUUAAUCAUCAUCAUCAUGUCGAGUGCUCAACAAAACUUCUCUCAAGGCCAAGCCCAAGGCCAGACUCAAGCUAAGGCAGAACAAUGGGUUCAAUCCACCAAGGAAACGGCCUCUGCAGCUGGCCAGCAUGCUCAGGCAGCUGCUGGACACGUUGCAGACCGCGCUCAUUCAGCUGCCCAGCAUGCUCAGGCACAUGCUGGACAGGCUGCCGACCGCGCUCAUUCAGGUCCCGCACAACAUGCCCAAGCAGCUACUGGACAGGCUGCAGAACAUGCCCAUUCAAAUGCCGGGCAGGCUUCUCAACAUGCUCAUGCAGCAGCUAACACAACAGGACAAACUGCUGAAAGAAACAAGGAGGAAGCUGCUGGUUUUCUCCAACAGACUGGAGAGCAAGUGAAGAACAUGGCUCAAGGUGCUGUCGAGACCGUGAAGCACACCCUUGGAAUGGACAAGAAGUGAAGCUAGAAAAUUUUGAUUCAUUUGUGAAUGUUGUUUUGCUAUACCUCCAAUAAAAUGGAAGAGUAUUAAAUAAAGGAUAUUUUUUAGAGUGUUUUGCUUUUUCCUAGUAUUGAUAGGGAUUAGCAAACUACUUAAGUCUUGAUCAUUGUGAUAAUUUGGUGAAGAAAGCCAAUAUAAGUUAUAAUAAAACAUAGAUUCUUUAUGUU